UCAUUUCUUGGUGUGAGAACAAAUCAAGUUCCUGAAGAAAAUAUGUAAAGAAAAGAACAUCUAAAGUUCAAACAUGAAGAUCUGCACAGAAGAUUAAAACCAGGAAACUGAGUGUCCCUCAAUAAUCCACCCCCAAUUUGUGGUGGUGAAAAAAAUCUAUUUCCUGUAUUUGUGGGUAAAACCUGUGAACGCCUCAGUUGCAGAGUUUUCAUUUGACCAAUGGAGAAACAAGACAUUUCACACUGAUGACUUAAGUCGACACGUUCAAAAGGUGUUAAAACUUCUGAGUUCGUCUAAAUGUCUCAUUUUAAAAUAACUUCUACUUCAGUUUAGCUCUGGUUGAGAAGAACAACGAGAUGUGGAGCCGUCAACUCAUCAUCAUCUGCACAGCUUUGAGUUUUGUGAUCAGUGCUGAAGGUUUGAUUGAAGUGUUUGGAUACAAGAGAAGAGGUGUAAAGAUUUUAUGCAGCUAUGGUCAGGUAUAUCAGACCAGUGAAAAAUACCUUUGUAAGAAUCAAUGUGGCUCCAGAGACGUUCUCAUUACAACAACACAGAAAAAUAAAGGAAAAUAUUCCAUCACUGAUGAUAAAAAGAUCGGAGUCGUCACAGUGACCAUCUCUGACCUUCAAUCACGUGAUGCUGGGAAAUAUUGGUGUGGAAUCACAGUGUGGGGACCAGAUCUCUACACUGAAGUAAAACUGCACAUAAAAGAAGACAGAUGUUGCAACAACGUGAAUAAAAUCCAAAGUAUUGAGGAAGGUUCAGUGACCAUCAGCUGUCCGUACGACUCUCAGUCUGUCAACAAGCUGAAGUUCCUCUGCAGAGGAAACCGACCCUCCACUUGUCUUCAGCAGGCAGUGAUCACCUCUAGCAACACACAAAAUGGACGAUUCAGACUCUCUGAUGACAGGAAGUCAACAAUAUUCACAGUGACCAUUUCCAGUCUGACCCUGGAGGAUUCUGGGUCGUAUCUUUGUGGAGUCCAGAGAAACUCAGGAUUUGAUGAUUUCUCUGCUGUUGAGCUGGAGGUCAAAGCAAAAUUGUUCUGUCUGAAGUCGUCCAACAUCAGUGGCAUCGAGGGACGUCCAGUAACUCUGCAGUGUCCUAAUUCAGGACAACAACAUGAUAACAAGAAGUUCCUCUGUAAAGGAGACCAACACAACAACUGUACAGACAUGAUGGAGAACCAAACAAAGUUCAAGCUGCUCAAUGUCUCCUCCAUCUGUUUCUCUGUGAUCAUCACUGAACUGGAAGCAGCUGAUGCAGGAACAUACUACUGUGGUUCAGACUCUCAGCUGACAUUCAGAAAGAUACAGCUGGCAGUCGACUCUCUACAUCAAACCAGCUCUGUGGCUCCAAUUAGCUCUGCUGAACAGGUUACAUCACAGCCUCCAUCACAUAAAUCUGACGUUUCUUUAUUCUACAUUCUGCCUGUGGUCUUCGCUCUGCUUCUGAUCCUGACAUUUGUCCUUUUGCUGGUUUUAAAAUGCAAAUCAAGGAUCAAGCAAGUGGAUGGAGUCAAUUCAAACGUGUUGUACUCUGAUGACAGUAAUGUGGAGAUGAGAACCAAUGAUAUCUACGAUUUACAAGAGGAUGCUGUUUACAUGAACUCUUCCACUCCAAACAUGUUAAGUCAUGACAAUGAUAUCUACAACAACAUCCUUUAAAGGAGACCAGCAGAAGUUAGGAAACACGUGACCAGUGUUUCUCACAUCUAGUGUAACAGCUCACUAUAGCAAUCAGAUGCUGGUGUGUUUUCAUUUAGACAUGUUUUUAAUAUUUAUUAAAUAACAUUAUCUGAACGUGAGCUAUCCAAUAUUUCCAAAUGCUGGAAUUUCAAUGUUAUUGCAAUGAAUACAUAAGUUGCAAUAAACCAACCUUUUCACCAAUCCUGUGCAUUUAAUCAAAUUGUUCUUACAGCACUAACACUUAGAAUCUUGAGCAUCAUAAUCUGCAUCAAGCAAAUAUCUUACUGUCAUGCAAAGUCUAAUUGCAUGACAUUUGGCGUAUGUAAGGAAAUAGUUGUUACAAUUUAAACAGUAAUAUAGUGUACACCAACUCCAAUAUACAAACAUAAUCUGAACUGAAACUCUAAUCUUAAAAUAAGUUUUAAACAUUCAUUCUAAGAAAAAAAUGGGACUGAACAACUGAGGAAGAACGUAAAUUCCUUUUUAAAAGUAGUUAAAGAAAUUGUUUAAAAUUACCGAGUAUUAGAUGAAUUUUUAAAAAGACAUUUAAAAAAAAAGAGUAUUAAACUAUACAUCUGUUUUUUUGAAUUUUGAAUGUUUUUGAAUGUUUAUGGGAAUACUUUGAGGGUUUUUUUACUCAAAUGUGGUGUAACAUGGUCCUUUCAUUAAA